CUGGCCUUAUGUGUUUGUUUUUUCCGCAGGAUUGUUUUUAACUUGACCCCUGUUCGUGUGCAGUGAUUCCCAGAAUGUGUGCUGGUGUUGAUGGUGGUGGGUGAACAGCUGCAGGAGGGGCUUUGUCAGAUAAGGAUGGCAUUAGGUAAGGCCAUUAGUGUCCUGUGGAUUAUUGUAAUCCAGCCUCUCUAUCACUUCUAGCUUGGCUGCUCAGUCUGCGGUCGGUCUCGUCUGGUUUGAAGCAGGUUGGAAGAUGGCUCUCAACAUGCAGCGUUUCCUGCUGACCCUGCUUCUUCUUGGGGCUCACGUGUUCGUCAGCAUUUAUGCUCAAGAGACGGGUGUGUCCGAGGCAUGGACCAGCAGGUCUUGCAAAUGUGACUGUGAAGGAGGAGAAUCCCCGACUGAGUUUUCCUCCAUUGCGUCCGGCUCUUCCAUGGUGCGAGGAGUGGACUGCAUGCCAGAGUGUCCAUACCACAAGCCUCUAGGCUUUGAGGCUGGAUCGGUGAAUCCAGACCAGAUCACCUGCUCCAACCAGGACCAAUACACCGGUUGGUUUUCCUCAUGGCUCCCAAGCAGGGCCCGUCUGAACACCCAGGGCUUUGGCUGUGCCUGGCUGUCCAAGUUCCAGGACAGCAGUCAGUGGCUGCAGAUCGACCUGAGGGAGGUGAUGGUGGUGUCAGGGAUCCUCACUCAGGGCCGCUGUGACGCUGACGAGUGGAUCACCAAGUACAGCGUUCAGUACCGCACGGACGAAAAUCUCAACUGGAUCUAUUACAAAGACCAGACCGGAAACAACAGGGUGUUUUACGGAAACUCUGACCGCUCCUCAUCUGUACAGAACCUUUUGCGACCACCCAUUGUGGCUCGCUACAUCCGCAUCCUUCCCCUUGGAUGGCACACACGCAUUGCUCUGCGCCUGGAGCUUCUGCUCUGCAUGAACAAAUGCAUCUGAACCUCUCCUCCCACUGUCCCCGAGGCCUUGUCCCAAAACCUCAUCUGUACCUAAAGCCCCAUCGUCAAAGAGUGUGCUCUGAUAUUACAUCCACAGAUUUGGCCCCCUCCAGUUAUCCAUACAAAACCACAAUUUGAGACAAAAAUGUUCUGUUUAAACCUUUUUUUUUUUUUUAAAUACAAACAAAACAGUCUGACUUGUGAUUUCAUUAAAAUAUGUGUUUGAUAUGCUCAAUGAGCUUUCAUUCACUCCACUCACCAUUGUCUGUUUUAAACCAGUCUCACACUGGGGGCUUUAAUUUGGUGAGUUCUUAAAUAGAUUGUUCCAUUUGCAAUGAAAUGGCAUAAAUUCAAAGCAAUAAUUAGGCAUGGAGAGGGAGAGGCAGCGUUGCUAUGGAGGUUGUAUCCACAGGUCUGAGGCAAGCUCUUCCAAAACAUUUGUGUCCUUUCUAUGUCAGGUCAAUGAAUUUGUGUCUGCCUCUCCUGAUAUGUAAUGGUAAACAGGGAAUUUACAGCUUAGGACAUCUCAGUCAGUCAGUCUCUCUUCUGUAUUUUCCUGGAAGGGUAAGGCUGGUGAUAUCCUAUAUUUUUCUACCUGUCAGCUGAUCAAACAAAAAUACCAAAACCACCAAUGAGCUGAUCCUAAGAAAAAAUAUUAUUUGUGUGGCCAAGGCAUGACAGCUUAUUCCUUAACUUUAUUAUGACUUGAGACUUGAAACUCUUUAGAACUUGAGACUUUUUAGGGCCACAUCAGUAUUUUGACAAUUAUUACAGUUUUCACAAAAUUGCAGUUUACAUUUUGUGACAGUUUCAGAUUUUAUAAUGGGUAUGUAUUGCAUGGAAUGUUCAGAGCUAGAGUGGAUGACAUCAAACUGCCAUCCCUAAAAAAUCUUCCUCAAAAGAAAAUCUGAAAAACUGUUUUAAAUCCCACAA